AUGGGGAAGAUGACUAUUGGAGAAAGAGAAAAUUUUCGUCUAAAUUCACCUUCUAACGCGCCUAGAGGAGCACUCUCAUACAACUUUGUCAUAUUUUUGAUAGUUUCUCUACUAUCAAUUUCCUUCACGUUUAUUAACGUGAGAGCCGAUCUGAUAAAUGAUGUUUGCUCAAAAACACGAAAUCCCGCUAUUUGUUUAUCGGCUCUACAGGGAGACCAAGGUGCAAAUCUCGAAGGUCUUGCGACUAUCACAAAAGAGCGCAAGAUCCACGUAUGAUCUGGUUAAUUAAGACGUUGCUUACACAGACGACUGAUCCAAACUUCGUGUUUGGAAAAUUAUAAUGACGCUUUAAAUAAUCUUGGAGAAUUAUCAAGUUUUUUGAAUUCUAAAGAUUAUGAUAGUUUAAACAUUCAUGCUUCCGCUGCUUCGGAUGAUCCUUCUACAUGUGAUGACAGUUUUUCAGGGCCAUCCGCUGAAUCACCUCAAUUAAAAGAUGCUAGUGAUAAGGUUCAAGGACUUAUUGGUAUUAUUCUGGUUAUUAGCAAUCAAUUGAAAGGUUGA